AUGGUCAGCGCAUCCGAGGACCUGCUCCAUCCCCUGCGUGAGGACGAUAUCAUAGAUAAAGGCUAUGUAUGUCAACAACCUCAGAACAGAAAUCUUAGCUAUAAGGAAAAGGUUAGCACGGGAGGGGAAGGCCACGUUAGCGGUUUAGGCACGUAUAGGAUAUUUAGGUAUAAAAUAGUGGUGUUUAGGGCAUUUAGUACGGCUGAGCGGACGGGAAGCCCUGUUCUCCACACCCUAUGGUCGUAUGUAUUAGGGAAAACCUUGGGAUGA